GGUAGAAACGGAAGAGCACACAACACGGCUGGAAGCAGUGGCUCAAGAGAUAGAAAGAACAGGGACUUAUCAACUCACCAAAGAAGAGCUUAUCUUUGCCACAAAGCAAGCCUGGAGAAAUGCUCCUCGGUGCAUCGGGAGAAUCCAGUGGUCCAAUCUACAGGUGUUUGAUGCUCGUAGUUGCACUAAUGCUAAAGAAAUGUUUGAACAUCUUUGUCGCCAUUUGGAGUAUGCUACAAACGGAGGGAACAUAAGGUCCACCAUCACUGUCUUCCCCCACCGGACUGAUGGAAAGCACGACUUCCGAAUAUGGAAUAAUCAACUCAUCAGGUAUGCUGGCUACCAGAUGCCAGAUGGAUCCAUUGUGGGAGAUCCAGCCAACGUGGAGUUUACACAG